AUGCGGGUAGAGGCUCUCUUGGUAUGUGCCGCCCUCUUUGGCGGUACCACUGUGCUGGGCCAAGUAACACCACAAGCGAACAUCAAGUUCAUUACUCCACCGAAUAUCCAAGAAGGCGAACAUGAUAUGAGGGAUAAUCCGGUUCAUGAAGAAGGCAGUCUGCUUCCAAUCACCUGGUCACCAGCACCCGAGGGAACGAGAAUCAGUCUGACCCUCUUUCAACACAACACCACCGACGGCGGGUCUAUUGGCGACUUUGAAUACAUCACACAGGGCACUGUCGGGAUUACACGGCACCCAUGGAUCGUGGCCACAACCAAAGACCUGAAGGACUCGGACGUCUUCAGAAUCAUCUUGUUCAUCGAGGGAGAAACAGGAGGCCACACCGGCACCGAGUUCUUCAACAUCACCCGAAAGAAAACCACAACAACAACAACAACAACCACAUCCACCACCACCCUGCCCACGUCCAUCGACAAAGACGACGAAUCCAACAGCUCCUCCACAUCCGCCAAAUCAACCCCAACCGACACAGAAAACAGCAAUAACUCCGCCCAAACAACCAACCGCUCAGAAGACAUCACAUCCUCCUCCUCCGGGCUCUCUACCGGCGCCGCAGCAGGAAUCGGCAUCGGCGCAACCGGUGCCGUGAUCCUCCUCGCAGGAGCAGCAUUCUACUUCUUCUUCUUCAAACCCCGCCAAGAAAAGAAACAAGCCGCUCUUCUCGCCGCGAGCGGUGUUGGUGGUGCAGGGUUCCCAUCACCAGGAGUGACACCGCAUCAGCAUUACUCCCAGGUGCCGAGCCAGCCUGGGCCGCCGUCGAUGUACUCGGGUUAUGCGGGGAUUCCACCGUCUGUGUCGCCUGGUCCGCCGGGGAUGACGGAGUACAAGCCGCCGAAUUAUUACGGGGGGCAAAUACCGCCGCAGCCGCCAAGUGAGAUGAGUGGUGAUUGGAGGGGGCAGCCGCAUGAGAUGGCGGCGGGGCAGAUGGCGAGUUAUGAGUUGCCGGGGCAUCAGCAGAGGUAA